UGGCUCUGGAGAAGGCUGCGUGGCAAGAGGCGCUCAGCGAUGGCAUUCUGCCUCUUGAUGAUCCUGUCUGUGGUGGCUGUUAACCGCUUCCCCCCAGAGCAUCUAGCUGCCGGCCCAGACCCUGGUCCUAUGGAUCCCCAGGGGGAGACUGGCACCCCUGGGCCCCACAUUCGCCAAGCUCUGAGCUCCAGCCGGAGACAGCGAGCAAGGAACAUGGGAUUCUGGAGAGGCCGGGCUUCGCCAAGGAAUUCCAUCUUGGCCUGUGCUGAGAAGCAAGGCCACAGAGGGCAAAUGGACAGAAGGACGCAGUCCCCAGAAGGGGACACCAGGCAUUUGGGGAGGGCCAAGAGGGCCAUUGCUUUGGCAAGAGAUCUGAGAGUCAGUACCCAGCAUCUUAUGCUUCUGGGGGAGCAUGAAGUCAGAGAUGUAGGAAUCAAAGCCCUGGGACACCCCUGGCACAGCAGCCCCAACAAGGAGACAUGGAGAGAGAUGGGUUUCCUGGUCAAUCCACUCACAGGGAGCAACGGGGCAGCUCUUCCAGCCUGGAGACCUACUGCUGCACUGACCCUCCCAUCCGCUCCAGCGGCAGGCAGGGAUCAGCUGCUGGGAACUGAAGACAGAAUCUCAACUGGUGGGGGACAAACAGAGGACAACACCCCAGGCUUGGGGGCUCAUCAGUGGCCUAACUCUGUUGGGGAGCUGCAGAUGUCCAUAUGGUGUGAUGCGAAGACUCCUGGGCUCUUGGCCAGCCCAAAGACUGCUGGGCAGGUUCCCCCAUGGCUCACAGAACAUGAUGUGCAGACCCUUCGGAUGUUGGCCCAGGGAGAGGUGGUGGGCAAAGCCAGGGUCCCCGCCCAUGGGCAGGUGCUGCAGGUUGGCUUCUCUGCCCAGGGUACCCUUCAGGACAUGUCUCCUCCCAGCUUCAGCCAACUCUGCUCCCAGGGGCUCUGUGGUCUGAUCAAGAGGCCUGGGGACCUGUUCGAAGUCCUUUCCUUCCACGUGGACCGUGUGCUGGGUCUUCGCCGGAGCCUGCCUGCUGUGGCCCGGCGCUUCCACAGUCCCCUGCUGCCCUAUCGCUAUACGGACGGUGGCACAAGGCCUGUCAUUUGGUGGGCACCUGAUGUGCAGCACCUGGGUGACCCAGAUGAAGACCAGAACUCUCUGGCUUUGGGCUGGCUGCAGUAUCAGGCCCUGCUGGCACGUGGCUGCAACUGGCCAGGCCAGGCCUCGUGCCUGGGCAUCCACCGUGGGGAGUGGGCACGCCUGGCACUCUUUGACUUCCUUCUGCAGGUUCAUGACCGCCUGGAUCGCUACUGCUGUGGCUUCGAGCCUGAGCCCUCAGACCCCUGUGUGGAAGAAAGACUCCGAGAGAAAUGCCGGAACCCCGCAGAGCUGCGACUGGUCCACAUCCUGGUUCGGAGCAGCAAUCCGUCUCAUCUGGUCUACAUCGAUAAUGCCGGCAACCUUCAGCACCCUGAGGACAAGCUGAACUUUCGGCUGCUAGAAGGCAUUGACGGGUUUCCCGAGUCUGCUGUGCAGGUUCUUGCAUCAGGCUGCCUACAGAAUCUGCUGCUCAAGUCGUUGCAGAUGGACCCAGUGUUCUGGGAGAGCCAAGGUGGAGCCCAGGGGCUGAAGCAGGUCCUGCAGACCCUGGAGCGGCGGGGGCAAGUCCUGCUGGGACACAUCCGGAAGCACAACCUCACACUCUUCAGGGACAAGGACCCGUGA